CGAGACCAGCGAGUGCCGUAUAAAAUGCAAGCCAAGACCUCGAAGGCACCGCGGUGCUCGAUUGGGCGGUUACGCUACGGGCGAGACAACCUCCGGCGUUUCUCUGAAGAAACACGCUUUGCAUCACCGGAAAUCUCUCUUCGCUCUGGCUAUUGAGCAUCUUUUGACAGCAGUCUUGAUUUGGCAUAAUGGUUUCCUUUGAGAUGAAUGAUCGGAAAAAGAUUGGGCUGGGGCUAACUGGGUUUGGCAUGUUCUUCUCAUUUUUGGGAAUCAUUUUCUUCUUUGAUAAAGGUCUUCUGGCCAUGGGCAAUAUUCUCUUUGUGUCAGGAGUGAUGCUGACAAUUGGACUGAAAUCCACCUUGCAAUUCUUCACUAAACCGAAGAACUACAAGGGGACAAUCUCAUUUGGAAUUGGCUUUCUCUUGGUACUCAUGGGAUGGGCUGUCACCGGCAUGAUCUUGGAGGCUUAUGGGUUUAUCAUACUCUUCAGUGGCUUUUGGCCUACACUUUCAGUCUUCUUGCAAAGGAUUCCCAUUAUUGGAUGGCUAUUCCAACAACCUUAUGUGACAUCGUUCUUUGAUAGAUACAGAGGUAAACGUGUACCCGUAUGAUCAUCUCAUCGGUGCUUUUAGGGAAGUUUGCACAAGAUAGAUACUUGCUGAUAUAGCAAGCAACUUUGUCACCUUAAAAUUGAUUGAUUUUGUGUAGUUGUAAGUCAGGUAUUGUGAUUCAUACUUGUGAAGCCUAAUCUUGGUGAUGUAAAUUCUCUCCAAUGAACAUUAGAUAUAGCUGACUUGCAAUACUGCUCUUUUUUUCUUUUUCUUUUCUUUUUUUUUUAAAAAAAAAUUUUGGUGGGAUUGCCAAAAUUAAGAUGCC